AUGGCUUCACUCCAGAGGGACAGUCUCCAUGAUGUGAUACUGCUGCUGGCGAAGCUGGCGCCGGUCACCGUGGGCGACAUGGUGGCCGCGGCCAUCAUGGUUGCGAUGGCCGGGGCCUAUCUCCUUGCAGAUUACACUUGGAAUAAGCCAAGUCCGUAUCAGUACAUCUGGUAUGAGCGACCGCAAGAUCAGGACGCCGCAACACGGUCGGCUACCCGUGCAACGCGCAACGUAGCCCAGCGACUCGAGGAGCUGGGCAAAGAGGUUGUCGUCUUUUGGGGUUCGCAGUCGGGAACCGCCGAGUCCUUUGCGAAGCGGCUCGCCAGGGAGCUCUCCCAACGUCUCCGCCUGACGACAAUGUCGGCCGACCUGUCAGACUUUGACCCGGAGACACUACCAUCGAUGCCCCAAGACAAGAUUGCCAUCUUCAUCCUUGCGACAUACGGCGAGGGCGAUCCAAGCGACAACGCGAACCAGUUCUGGGAGUGGAUGAGCAAAGCAGCCUCUCCAUCGUCACUGUCUUCUCUUCGGUACGCCGCCUUGGGCCUCGGAAAUAGCAAUUAUCUGCACUAUAACAGGGUAGUCGACGUUAUAGAUGGUGCCCUUCAACGCGCGGGUGCUCAGCGGCUCUUGCCGGUGGGUAAAGCCGACGAUGCUCACGGCGGUACUGAGGAGGACUUUUGCCGAUGGAAGGACAGUCUCUUCGCCUUUCUCGCGAGUGACCUGGGGAUCAACGAACAGGCCCAAAGUUAUGAGCCGAUGCUCUCCGCUGUUUACGACACCUCCAUGGAGCCCAUCGACCUGCACCUCGGGGAGCCCAUUGAAUCGCGAGGCAAGAGCUCAACCCCCAAAACACACGCACUACCCAUCAAGCAUGCCCGCGAGCUGUUCACGGACUCCAAGCGAAGCUGUCUGCACCUUGAACUGGACCUCUCUAAACACCCGGAGCUGGUAUACAAGACGGGCGACCACCUUGGCAUCUGGCCGGUGAACCCCGACCAGGAGGUUGACCGUCUCAUCCGGGUGCUUGGCUUGGCCGGCGAGCAAGACUCGCCGCUGUUGAUCAGCGCCCUCGACCCGGCAGUCAAGGUUCACCUCCCGAAUCCCACCACGGUCAAUGCUCUGUUUCGGUACUACGUCGAGAUCUGCGCUCCAGUGUCUCGCGAACUGGCCCGCGCCGUUUCUGACUUCGCCCCAUCUCCAGAAGUCAAGACCUGGGUCCUGGAGCUCUGUGCCACGAGGGAUUCGUAUUCGUCGUUUCUAGAGCGGAACUACAUCACGUUCGGCAGAUUGCUCGAGCUUUCUGUUGGCGGCGAAAAUGAUCUGAUCUGGUCCGGUAUUCCAUUGGCGUUUGUCCUGGAGAACCUGCCAGCGACUCGUCCGCGGUAUUACUCGAUAUCCUCGUCGAGCGUGCUGUCUCCUCGAUCUGUGUCAAUUACGGCACUUGUGUCAAAUACGUCACUCAGCAAUGAAGACCAGGCGGUGCCUGGGGUCACUACCAACUACCUUUUGGCAAAGGCGAACGCCCGUCAAGAGGUUGCCAUUAGCCACUCCCCUGUCCCCGGACUCUCAUACCACCUGCCGGGUCUGGGCAACAUACUGAAUGAGGCCAAGAUAUUCGCGCACAUUCACCGUUCUACACUCAAGCUCCCCACGCAGCCGUCCUGCCCACUCAUCAUGCUCGCCGCGGGAACCGGCCUUGCUCCCUUUCGCGCAUUCAUCGCUGAGAGGUGCCGCCUACAGUCCAUGGGAAGGCAGAUCGGCGACAUGUUGUUGUUCUUUGGGUGUCGGCAUCCGGACGAAGACUACAUCUACAGCGAGGAGCUGGCAGAGAUGGAGGCAGCGCUGGGUGGCAAGUUGCAAAUCACUGUGGCGUUCUCUCGACUUCGACCUGGUGAGAGGACGUAUAUCCAGGACAAAAUGAUUGCUCAUGGGGCCGAUCUUUGUCAUCUUGUGGGGAGUGAUGCCUCUGUGUACAUUUGUGGGAGAGCUAGCAUGGCAAGAGACGCCGGGAGGGCACUGGGUGAAGCUAUCGGGGGCCAUAGAGGGAUGAACGGGCAACAGAUCCAGGACUGGGUAGCUACCAUGAAGCGCACAAGAAAGUGGCAGGAAGACGUCUGGGGCUGA